ACUGCUGCUGCUGCUGCUGCUGCUCUCUGCUUGGUUGCUCCGGCUUCGUCGCCACGUUCUCGUUCCCCUUCUUAUUUCACUCUCCGUUUCUUCCGCUUCUUACCUUCUUCUUCCUCUUCUCUUCCUUCUUCAUACUAUCUGUCCAAUCUCUCUAUACCCCUCUCCCCCAUCUCAUUUUACUUUCAUCACCUUUCAUCUAUUUAUCCUCAAAUCUCCACCAUGUCCUCUUCUCUCGAGCAGCUCAAGGCCACCGGCACUGUCGUCGUCUGCGACUCCGGUGACUUCGCCACCAUUGGCAAGUACAAGCCUCAGGAUGCUACCACCAACCCCUCCCUGAUCCUCGCCGCCUCCAAGAAGCCCGAGUACGCCAGCCUCAUCGAUGCCGCCGUCGCCAAGGGUAAGUCUGAGGGCAAGACCCUCGACGAGCAGGUCGAUGCCACCCUCGACCGUCUGCUGGUCGAGUUCGGCAAGAAGAUCCUCGAGAUCAUCCCCGGCAAGGUCUCCACUGAGGUCGAUGCCCGCUUCUCUUUCGACACCCAGGCCUCCAUUGACAAGGCCCUCCACAUCAUCAAGCUCUACGAGGAGAACGGCAUCUCCCGCGACCGCAUCCUCAUCAAGAUCGCCUCCACCUGGGAGGGUAUCAAGGCCGCCCAGGUCCUCCAGUCCCAGCACGGCAUCAACUGCAACCUGACCCUCAUGUUCUCCACCGUCCAGGCCAUCGCUGCCGCUGAGGCCGGUGCCUACCUCAUCUCUCCCUUCGUUGGCCGUAUCCUCGACUGGUACAAGGCCGCUCACAAGCGUGACUACACCGCCGAGGAGGACCCCGGUGUCAAGUCCGUCCAGAGCAUCUUCAACUACUACAAGAAGCACGGCUACAAGACUAUUGUCAUGGGUGCCUCUUUCCGUAACACCGGUGAGAUCACCGAGCUGGCUGGCUGUGACUACCUGACCAUCUCCCCCAACCUCCUCGAGGACCUCUUCAACUCCACCGCUGCCGUCCCCAAGAAGCUCGACGCCGCCAACGCCGCCGGCCUCGACAUCCCCAAGAAGACCUACAUCAACGACGAGGCUCUCUUCCGCUUCGACUUCAACGAGGAGGCCAUGGCCGUCGAGAAGCUGCGUGAGGGUAUCUCCAAGUUCGCCGCUGACGCCGUCACCCUCAAGGACAUCCUGAAGCAGAAGAUCCAGGCAUAGAUUGGGAGACUGAUCUGAUGUGUGCAUUUUUGUGAUGACCUUUUUCUUUUACUAUUAUUCCCAUGUGUAAAAUUGAUGACCUGAAAAAUUCGUUUGGGUAGAUACGAAUUAUGAUUAUCAUAUACCAUUACCAAUUGC